CCCUAACAAAAUAAUAAUCACAAAAACAAGCGGUCUCUCUCUGUAACCUUUGCAUCCCAGAACUUGAUUUUAUCAUCUUAAAAAUGCAUAAGCUAUCGAGACUUUCUUCUUCCUCUAUUCUUCGUAAUGGUGGCUCAAGGUAUCGCGGUGUUGCUUCCUCAAUUUCAUCAUCCACUUCUCAAUAUGAUUUGACUGGAGUGAAUGAUUCUAACCAAUCAGCAAGCAGAUGGUUUUCAUCAAUAACCACAGGGAGAAGCAAUUCUUCUCACUCAACACCGAAGUUUAAUUUAAGAAAUGGUUUUUAUUUGAGUAAUCGUUAUGAAUCAACCUCGGCGGCAGCAUCAGAUGCCACAGAUUCACCACCUGCUGAAAAGUUUGAGUACCAAGCAGAAGUUAGUCGUUUGAUGGAUCUCAUUGUUCACAGCUUGUAUAGUAACAAAGAAGUAUUUCUCCGAGAACUCAUCAGCAAUGCUAGUGAUGCGCUGGACAAGCUGCGAUUUUUGAGUGUUACAGAUCCUGGGCUUAUGAAAGAAUCAGGUGAGCUGGAUAUCCGAGUUCAGACAGACAAGGAUAAUGGGAUCAUUACUAUCACUGACUCUGGAAUUGGUAUGACUCGGGAAGAAAUUGUUGAUUGUCUUGGAACUAUUGCUCAGAGUGGAACUGCUAAGUUUUUAAAGGCUUUAAAGGAUAGCAAGGAUUCUGGAUCUGACAACAAUUUAAUAGGUCAAUUUGGUGUUGGAUUUUAUUCAGCUUUUCUUGUGGCUGAUAGGGUUGUUGUCUCAACUAAGAGCCCAAAAUCUGAAAAGCAAUAUGUAUGGGAGGGAGAGGCUAAUGCCAGCUCCUAUACAAUCCGAGAGGAGACAGACCCGGAGAAGCUUAUUCCAAGAGGAACUCGUUUAACAUUAUAUCUCAAGCGUGAUGACAAAGGUUUUGCGCAUCCGGAAAGGGUCCAGAAACUUGUGAAGAACUACUCUCAGUUUGUAUCGUUCCCUAUAUAUACCUGGCAAGAAAAGGGACAUACCAAAGAGGUUGAGGUUGAUGAGGAUCCAGCUGAAGUAAAAAAGGAAGGAGAUGAUAGCCAAACCGAGAAGAAGAAGAAGACCAAAACUGUGGUUGAAAGAUACUGGGACUGGGAGCUUACAAAUGAAACUAAACCUUUAUGGCUUCGCAAUCCUAAGGAAGUGACUACGGAAGAGUAUAAUGAUUUCUACAAGCAAACCUUCAAUGAGUACUUGGAGCCAUUGGCAUCUUCUCAUUUUACAACAGAGGGUGAGGUUGAAUUCAGGUCUGUACUUUAUGUGCCAGCCAUUAGUCCAACGGGAAAAGAUGACAUAACAAACCCAAAGACGAAGAACAUUAGGCUUUACGUUAAGCGAGUGUUCAUUUCAGACGACUUUGACGGAGAGCUGUUCCCUAGAUAUCUUAGCUUCGUGAAAGGUGUUGUAGAUUCAAACGAUCUUCCUCUAAAUGUCUCACGUGAGAUUCUUCAAGAGAGCCGUAUUGUGCGUAUUAUGAGGAAACGGUUGGUGCGCAAGGCCUUUGAUAUGAUCUUGGGUAUCGCUAUGAGUGAGAACCCCGAGGAUUAUGAAAAGUUCUGGGAUAACUUUGGAAAGAACAUAAAGUUGGGUUGUAUCGAGGAUCGUGAAAACCAUAAGCGUCUUUCUCCCCUUCUUCGAUUUUUCUCCUCUCAGGCUGAUGAAGUGAUGAUCAGCUUGGAUGAAUAUGUUGAGAAUAUGAAGCCCGAGCAGAAGGAUAUCUACUAUAUUGCAUCAGAUAGUUUGACUAGUGCUCAAAAUGCACCGUUUUUAGAGAAGCUCAAGGAGAAGGAAUAUGAAGUGCUAUUUCUAGUUGAUCCCAUUGAUGAGGUCGCUAUCCAAAACCUAAAGUCCUACAAGGAGAAAAACUUCGUGGACAUUAGCAAGGAAGAUUUAGAUAUGGGUGAUAAGGAUGAAGAGAAGGAGAAACAGGUCAAGCAGGAGUUUGGUGUAACUUGUGAUUGGAUGAAGAAGCGUCUGGGUGAUAAAGUUGCUAGUGUUCAAAUCUCCAAUCGUCUGAGCAGCUCACCUUGUGUUCUUGUGUCUGGAAAGUUUGGCUGGUCAGCCAAUAUGGAGAGGCUGAUGAAGGCUCAGUCACUUGGAGACACAUCUUCCUUGGACUAUAUGAGAGGGAGGAGAGUAUUGGAGAUUAAUGCAGACCACGCAAUCAUCAAAAACUUGAGUGUUGCAUGCAAGAGUAGCCCCGAUGAUCAAGAGGCACUGCGGGCAAUUGAUCUUUUGUAUAAUACAGCUUUAAUCUCUAGCGGCUUCACUCCUGAAAAUCCUGCGGAGCUUGGCGGGAAGAUAUACGAGAUGAUGGGUAUGGCUCUCUCAGGAAAAUGGUCCCCAGCUAUUGAAGCAGAGGUAAUCAAACAGAGUAACAUGAUCAAUGGUUCGGAGGCUGCUAUUGAAGCAGAGGUGGUACCAGUUGAAGCUGGCACCGGUCAUAAAUGAUGGGACUUGGACGCACUUCCUGGUAAGUCCCAUUUUGUGAAGUAGAGCGGCGUAGCAGGAUACUGGAGAUAUAUAAAUAGUAGAGAUAAUUAGUAAGUUCAUUCUAAAUGUUCAGUGGGAGCACAAUAAAAAAAGUGUAGUGGGACUAUCUCGCAAUUCUCUUUUCUGCUGGGCACCAGAAAUCUAUUAGGAAAUGUGAAUUGAACUGUAAUACCACUUUGUUUCUCAAUACUCUUAAGAAAAAUGAAUAUUUAUCUUAUCCAUCCUCCUUAUUUUAUUUUGU